UGCAGUGUGCAGAAUGAGGAAACUGGAUCCAGCUCAUUAAUAUUUACUGAAAGGAACCAGAGAUGGAUCAAAUUACUAAUUCACAGUCCCAGUGAAUUAUUAAUGCCACUAUUAAUUCUACAACCGCUGUGUGUUAUUUCAUAUGUUAGUUGUAAAGGAUGGUAUAAUUCUGUCUCCUUGUCCAGUUUUCUUAGGCAUUCAGCAAUGCGAAAUAGUGCAGGGCAGGCUGCUGUAGGAGCGUUGUUACUUUGGACAAUCUGCAGAGUUACAGCCAGACCAGGAGUUAAAUGUGGUGGCAUCCUGUCUGCAACAAAUGGGAAUUUCUCCAGCCCCAAUUUCCCAGGAUAUUAUCCAUAUGAGACUGAAUGUACAUGGCUGAUUGUUGUUACGGAGGGCUCCUCUAUCUUACUCACCUUCCAGCAUUUUGACCUCGAAUUUCACACGCACUGUGAUUAUGAUUACCUCAAAAUCUAUAAUGGAGUGUCUGAGGAUGAGGGAAAUCUCUUGGGCAAAUUUUGUGGACAAGAUUUCCCUCCUCAUUACUCCUCUUCCUGGCAUGUGAUGUCGAUCAUUUUUCGCUCAGAUAAACACGUAACCAGCCGUGGAUUCUCUGCUUCCUACAGUAAAGAUGUAUGUGGAGGAGUGCUAACAGGUCUGUCUGGAAUGCUGUCUAGCCCAGAGUACCCAGAUAAUUACCCCAAUAAUGCGGAAUGCCGAUGGUUUAUUCGUGUCUCCAAUCAAUCGGUGAUCAAUCUGAUUUUCUACGACUUUCAUCUGGAGAGUAAUGAGGACUGUAGCUUUGACUACGUGGCCAUGUUUGAUGGUUCCAGCUUGAAUGCCAGACACUGGGGACAUUAUUGUGGUGGGACAAGACCUCCAGAUAUCAUCUCCAGUGCCAAUGAACUCCUUGUUGUUUUUAAAUCAGACUUCAACAUUGGUGCAAGGGGCUUUAAAGCAUUUUAUUUUUCAGGUGAAUGUCAACAAGUGUUUACGAACAUUAAAGGGAAUUUCUCCAGCCCUCGAUAUCCCAGCAUUUAUCCAAAUAAUAUCAAUUGUCAUUGGACAGUCCAGCAGCCACAAGGUUACAGGAUCAAAGUUCGGUUACUUGACUUUGAGCUGGAGGACAGGGAUAGCCUGACUGAUGCCUGUGACUAUGACUUUCUGGCCAUAUUUGACGGAGACAGCGAGACCGACACAUUGCUGGGAAAAUGGUGCGGUCGGAGCUCACCCCCUUCACUGUUGUCGAACGGGAACAGGUUUCUGUUUGUCUUGUCCGCGGACAGGAACACAGCUUCCCGUGGCUUCCAUGUUUCAUACAGUGGUGUUGUUCCCAUGAAUGUCAGCUGCACUAGAACAGAUUUCCAGAUUCAGGUUUCUAUGCAGGCUCUCCCUGCACUCAGUCGGAACAGCAUUUAUUUUGGAAGACCCGGGUGCAUGGCCCAGGUAUUUGGCUCAACAUUCAAGAUAAUUUCACGGUUUGAUUCCUGCGGAACAAAGACACAGAGAAUCAAGAACAUCACCAUUUUUGUGAACAUUUUGUAUAUCCAUUUUGCUGAUGGAGCACGAGGUGACACCCAAGAAUAUGAGGUGCAGUGCAAUAUCAAAACAAGAGCAGCUUCCUACAACAUCAUUACAGAUACAGAACUGUACCAACUUCAACAGCUGGCUGUCAGUUUGGAGGAUUCAAAUCCCGAGGAGUCAAAGAUGGUAGAUGGAUCAGAUGAUUCCAAGAUGCAAGAUACCAGCGACAUUGUCUUCAUUGGUAUUUGUGUUUUAGCUGGACUUCUCAUGUUGAUUGCUAUCAUUGGACUCGUUCUGCUGUAGUGACAUAACCAACAGACAAUUUGACCUUGCAUUAGAAACAUAGAAACUUAGCAUUUAUGUGUGAACAAGCCUCAACAGAACAAUUAUUCAACAAAAAGUUUCAUUUCAUCUCUCUCAAAAAGACUUGGCAUCAGUAAUUUCCACUUUCCAAGUUCUUCCCUGUUCCACAUUUUCAUAAAAUUAUUAGAUAGUUUCUUACAACAGACAAAUUGGUCCAUGUAGUCUGUAAACCUUUUCAUAGAGCAUUCCAGUUGUCCUUUUUAACAUUGUCAUUCUGUCUCUUUCCUCCUAUUCCUUGAAAUUUCUGCCUCUCCGAUUACCUAUCCAAUUCCCUUUUGAAAACUGCUUCAGGCAGUGUAUUUCAAAUCUUAACUGCAGAUUUUGAAAAAAAAACACUAUUAGUCUCCCCACAUUUCUUUUGUCAAUCAAAAGCCUAAGUGGGAGCAGCCAUAGUGAGAGCGGUCAUCGUAAGAGUGGGACAUUGAGGCUUUGGCUCAAGAGGCUUGGGCAUGAGGAAGCUAUGGUGAGGGCAGGAGAAGGUUUGGUCUAUCACUGUGUUUGUUUCAGAGUACAACCUGGCGCUGGUGUAGGUGGGAAUGUAAGCUAGUGCAGUGGAGCGCUCGGCCUGUGGGAACUCAGCAAGAUGGCCAGUGUCCCUGAGGACUACAUCUGCAGGUGGUGUCUCCAUGUGCACCUUCUUGAAGACCAUGUUAGGGAACUGGAGCUGCGGCUGGACAACCUCAGGCUCAUCUGGGAGAGUGAAGUAUCGAGAGGUGAUCACACCUAAGGUGCAGCCAGAGAAUAGAUGGGUGACCACCAGGAAAGUGAGAAACAAGAAUCCCCUGUGACCAUUGCCCUGUAAAACAGGUAUACCCCUUUUGGAUACUGUUGAGGGGGAUGACCAUUAUGGGGACAGCAGUAGCAGCCAGGUCUGUGGCACUGGCCGGGGAUCGGAGGAACAGCAGGGUAGGAUGAGGUCAGGCAGGGAGAUAGUGAGAGGAGGCUCGAUGGUUAGAGGGACACGCAGCAGAUUCUGCGACAGGGUGAGUUGCCUCCCUGGUGCCACUUACAAUUGGAGUACAAUCACAUUAGAAUGCUUGUACCUUUCUUAUCUCUAAGGUCCAUCCUUUAGACUUAUAGAGAUACAGCAUGGAAACAGCCCACAGAGUCCGCACCGCUGACCAACGAUCAGUACACCAGCACUAUCCUACAUACUAGGGACAAAUUUCAAUUUACAGAUAAUUAACCAAGACACCUGUGAGUCUUUGGAAUGUGGAAGGAAUCCAGAGCACCCGGGGAAAACCCACGCGGUCACAGGGAGAAUGUACAAACUCCAUACAGUCAGCACCCAUUGUCAGGAUCGACCCGGGUCUCUGGUGCUGUAAGGCAGCAACUCCACCGCUGUGCCACUGUGCAGCCCCACAUAACACUGCAGGGGACGGACUCUCCAGUUUGUACUUUCUGCGUGCUGCAGUGCUGGCUAGGACAAUACACUCCAUCUAACACUUAAGAUUGGACAGAUGCUUUGUACUAUGACACCACCAUUUAUAUUUAUUCCACUGGGGAAAGGUUGGCCAAUAGUCUUUGUUUCUGGAUCUGAUAUCCAUUUAGUCAAAAGCAUUCAGUUGUAACCCCAAUCAGAUAUGUUAGGGUGGACACAUGGAAAUGUUGAUCCUGAGAUGGGGGUCACAGACCCCAAUGUUCACAGCAUCAAAUAUUUUAUUUUUAUAUGUUGUCACCUUAUCUGGCAACUUCUCAAUAUUACUUUGUUGUGUUUAAAAGGAACAAGAUUUAACAUCUGUACCAGAAGUGUAAUCACAAUCAUUGUCUGCAUCUUUAAAGAUUAAUCUCUGCUUUAGUUUCAUUCCUGAGAAGAACAUUGCUUGACUCUGGAAAUAGAGGUUAAAGGGAAACUAUUUGUACAGUAAGGUGUUAUCAAAACUGGGGAGACCAUUAUUUGCUAAUACGUAACUAAAGUAAGAGGCUUGAACUUAAAUUGCUUCAUAGCCAGCGUAGGAUUUAAACUCAAGUUGCUAGUUCUACUGUAUAAUGUAGGUUUGUGAAUGCCAUUCCAGUAAUUAAUCCCCAAGAAGUGCAAAAUGAAUCACUUUUUCUCACAGAGAGUUGUGAGUGUGGAAUUUUCUGCCUUAGAGGGCAGUGGAGGCCGGUUCUCUGGAUACUUUCAAGAGAGAGCUUGAUAGGGCUCUUAAAGAUAGCGGAGUAGUCAGUAGAUAUGGGGAGAAGGAAGAAACGGGGUACUGAUUGGGGGUGAUCAGCCAUGAUCACAUUGAAUGGAGGUGUUGGCUCGAAGGGCCGAAUGGCCUACUCCUGCAGCUAUUGUCUAUUGAAAUGAAAUCCAUUGUUCAAACUAAAGCUUUAACAGCGAUUUGCUAACUAUUAAAAUAAGAGAGGGCACUGUCUAUAUCCAUUGGAAGUAAAGAGGAAGGGACGAGAAAAGGGGAUUCAAAAAUCAAGUUGAUCCAGGAAGAAAUUAGUUCUAAAGCAAGAAAUGACUGAAACAGGCAGUUUGCAUGAGCAACCCUGCUUAUGGAAUUUGGGAAGAAAGCCAAUAGGGCAAUCUGAAGUUUAGACCGAGGUUGGAGGCAACAGGAAGAAUUCCGAAGGAACCGAUGGCUAUGGACUCUUGUACAUCCCUUCGAUGGUGGGGAGGUCAGCACCUGUGACGGACUGGGCAGUGCUCACCACUUAUUGCAACCUUCUUUGUUCCUGGGCGUUCAAGUUGCCGAACCAGGCGAUGAUACAUCCAGUCACUGCACUUUACUUUUUGCUUCUUCACCUCCUUUAGCUACCUCUUUUAGCAGAUUUUAUAUUAGGAUUGGAGAAGCAUGAGAAACAAAUUGAUUGAAUUACCUCCCAGUGCAUCUUUUGAGAAUCGGAUCAUCAUAGGUACCUACCUGAAGCUCCUUUAGGAUCAGACUUGUUACUAACUUUCUGUUAAUUUCAAAAUGAUUGCAAAACUCUUUGUAAUUAAUAUUACCAUGUUUUGUGGGUGAUUGGAUUGCACAAUAGACACAAUUUAUGUAAAUAAAUUUAAAUCUGUUUGUUGAUUACGCUUAAUUCUGAUUAAAGUUUGAACAUAGGUAAUCAAUCACAAUGCAAUGUACUUGGAUAGGAUAAGUACCAAGUGUAAUUACACGAUAUAUUCUGCUGAUUUAUAAAUACAACAGUUCAGAAGCACCUAAAAGAAAAUGAUCAAUAUUACGAGAUUGUGGCCUAAACAAAUAGAUUAUUAGCUUCCACAAAUAGAAUUAUUAAAAAUAUAAAGUAAACCAUCUUGUCUUUGUACAAGAUUCAGGUUAGACCUCAAUUUUUUAAUCUCUUUUCUCGACGGAGAUGCAACUUUUUCCUUUAUUGUAUCUCCGUCUGCAUUGUGGCCUAACAUGGUGGAACUGGCGGCCUCUUGUUGGGGAUCGACCUUGGGAGCUCCAAGCGUGGGAGCCUGUGGAUUUAACAUCUCGGAGCUGGCGGUCCUUUUGCCAGGGAUCGACCUCAGAAGCUCCAACCGCAGGAACCUGCGGACUUUAACAUCGUGGAGCUCGCGGUCCCUGUUAGGGACCGGCUUUGGGAGCGCCAAGCCGCGGGAGUUUCGAUCGCCCCGGCUGCGGGAGCUUCAGUCGUCCCGACGUGGGAGCUUCCAUCGUCGGCUGCAGGAGCUUCAAUCGCUCUGAUUGCGAAUGGUUCGAUUACCCCGGCCGCAGGAGAAACAGGAAGAAAGAAGAUAAGACUUUCUACCUUCCAUCACGGUGGGUAAUGUGGAGGAGUCGCUGUGAUGGUUGUUUAUUUUAAAUAUUAUGUGGUUACGUGUCUUGUUGCUUUUUUGGUAUGAUUGUAUGGCAAAUCAAAUUCCUCGUAUGAUUUACAUACUUGUUUUGUUUUCAUACUUGGCUAAAUAAAUCAAUUACAACUGUCAUGAAGUUUGCAUCUCUAUUUGAUCAAUAUAGAAGAUUUUUAACAGUCUCAGAAAGGCCAUGGGGAUUAUUCCUGGUUUAAAAAAGAUUUUAAUAAGCCCUAAAGUUCUAGUCCUACUCUUUUUAGAAAUGUGUCUGGUGUGGAAUGAUUAAAGCUGUACAAAAUUAUUGAACAUUUCUUUAGAACAAUUUGUAAACUUACUUGUUGAAUGAUGUAUGUACUUUAAAGGAAUCAUUUACUUUUGUGAUCACUUGAACUUGCUCAAUUUUGUAUAGAAACUGAGAGAUAUCUCCCACAUCUUCCUUUUCUUUGAUUGCCUUGUCUUUUUCGGCGUUUUUUCCAAGACUUCACGUGGGUUUGUGUGCUGCUAAAUACUCAUGUAGGAUCAUGUUUAUGUGUUAACUUUUGUAUCUAUUUCUUACUGUUAAACCGCGACUGUGCAGAUAGAUUAUCACUUGUAAAAUGACUUACUGCACACACAAGUCUUUUACUGUAACUAUUUAUUUAGGUAACUGUUUAUCACUAUGCUGUAGCUGUCCGUGGUCAUCACUGGAGCUAGAGAGCGAGCUAGAGGUGGGGACACUACAAUUAUACUGGAGACAAUGGGGAGUGGUUAGUAAUACGGGAGGUCACUAUGGUUAAAGGAACAUGCACUGAUCUACAUCCUUCCUCUUGGAAACAAAAGCGUGGCAGGUACUAUACAGAGUGACCACGGCUCAUGCGCUACGAACACCAACCGCACCGGCAACAGUACAAUACUAUGCGAGUUCCGCGUAGCGGACAGGCGGCCUGACCAGCCGGCCAGAGCGGGUGCGUAAACCGCCCUCCUCCUCAUCGUCGGGAA